UUCCAUUAAUAUGUUUUCCUGCACUAUUGUUCUUCUAAAAACUUGCAAUAUUAUGCAGGUUUUUCCCUGAGAAUGCCACAGAACUAGCCUUUGGUAUUGUUGGUGAGCUGAUUAAGGAAGUAAAAAUUAGGCCAAUGCCAAUUGUACUUGCAGCUUUUUCAGCUGGAUCGAAGGGUUAUUUUUUCAAGGUUCUCCAGUUGGUUGAUGGAAAAUGUGCAGGACAACACAAUCAGGAUGAUUUUUUGCUGCUGAGAGAUUGUAUCUCCGGGCAAAUUUAUGACUCUUGUCCUGUUGAUUUCAUCAAUGAUCUCGGGCUCCAAUUUGUGCUUCAUUCGUCAGUUUUAAAGAUGUCCUAUCCACCGAGAGUUGUGUCAUGGAUGGCGAAAGCUUUUGCAUCUGGUUUGGAUGCUCUCUUCCUCAACAGUUUUGAAGCACAGCGAGCUGAAUAUUGGAAGACUUUGUAUUCCUCAGUUAGCAUGGGUCCUUUCAUUAUACUUUGCUCUGAAGAUGAUAAGCUGGCUCCUUACCAAACUCUGUACAGUUUUGCCCAAUGUCUACAGGAGCUUGGUGCUGAUGUUAACCUUAUCAAAUGGAGCAGCUCUCCUCAUGUAGCUCAUUAUAGGCACCAUCAAGAUGAAUACAAGGCUGCUGUAAAUGAGUUUCUUGCCAAAGCAUCUGUUAACUUCUCAAGUAGACAGCUUAAACGAGCUAUGGAUGACAAGAUACCGGAGUCUGUCUGCUAUCUCCACGAUGCAGCUUUUAGUUCAAAUGAAAGCCUAAGGAGAGUAGCCAUUGGACCGAGCGACCAUUUCUACUUGCCAAGCUCAAUGGAGUUCAGUGAAGCUAAAGCUGGAGGGUCCUUGAUUGAUGAACAGAAGGCAGAGCUGUUCCAGCUUCCAAGCCUUAAGCCCCAGGGGAUCCUCAGCCAGGUCCUCUUCGAUGUUUGUGUUCCUAAAAACAUUGAAGGUUGGGACAUUAAGCCAAUUUCAUCCUUGAACAGAAAUCAUACAUUUGCUUCUGCUCGUAGGAAUGGCCCCUUUAAUCCAAUCAAAUGCAUUAGACGCUCCAGAUUGUAGGAUUUCUUUGAGAAAUCAUCCAAUAUUGAGGAACUCGAUGUAAAUAUGAGCAGUUUUAGUAUCCUUACUGUUCGAAUAUAGAUCAUCUUAUAGGAUAUGAUUUCAACCUUUAUGUUGCGAGUGAAAGCAAACAAUAACUCGUUGUAAUGCUUCAGUAUUUAUAAAUGUUAUCUGAUGCAAAACACAUGUUUUUAUGAUGUAAAGAGUGCUGCGUGCAGAUA